AUGUCGAGGUUCGAUAAUUUAAGGAAAAGAGAUAGGGAUGGGGAAGAUUAUGUGAUUGCAUUUAUGCACUCAGUCAGUAAUAAGAAAAUGAAGAGAUUGAAAUCCAAUGUAGUUGAUACACCACCAUUUAAGCGGCCAAUUUGUUCUUCCAAUGAAGAAUCAAUAAGGUAUGUUAGCAGCAUAGAUCUAGAUGCUACUCUGACUUAUAUAAGGGAGAUUAAGGAAACAUUUGUAGACCAAGAGGGGAAGUAUGAAAUGUUAGUUGAUGUGAUGAAAGACUUGAAGGCUGGAAGGAAGGAGCGCAAGGAUGUCAAAGACGUGUACGAUGAGCUUUCUGUACUUCUCAGUGAUCGUCCAGAUUUGCUUGAUGAUUUCUCUGGAUUCUUGCCAGAUUCAGUUACUACUAAUAUAAUGAAGAGACUGAAAUCUGAUGUAGUUAAUACACCACCAUUUAAGCAGCCAAUUUGUUCUUCCAAUGAAGAAUCAAUAAGGUGUGUUAGCAGCAUAGAUCCAGAUGCUACUCUGUCUUAUAUAAGGCAGAUUAAGAUUAAGGACACAUUUGUAGACCAAGAGGGAAAGUAUGAAAUGUUAGUUGAUGUGAUGAAAGACUUGAAGGCUGGAAGAAUUAAUCCUGUUGGUGUCAUAGAAAGAGUAGGAGAAUUGUUUAAAGGAUAUCCUAGUUUGAUCAUUGGAUUUAAUGCUUACUUGCCCAAUGGCUAUGAAAUAAUGCUCAGUGAUGAAGAAAAGGCUUCUUUGAAGAACGCAACUAACUAUGAACAAGAACGCAAUUUUGUGGAAAAUAUAAAGGUUGCGGUACUUUCUAAUGACCAUCAUGACUUGCUAGAUGAGUUCUCUGAAUUCUUGAAAGAUUCAAAACAUUUAGUAACUAACCAUGAGUACAAAUCCUUCUUAGAUAUUAUGAACAAGUGUAGGAAGGAGCGCAAGGAUGUCAAAGACGUGUACCAUGAGGUUUCCGUACUUCUCAAUGACCGUCCAGAUUUGCUUGAUGAGUUAUCUGGAUUCUUGCCAGAUUCAGUUACUACUAAUAUGUUGUCUAAUUUGGACGGAAAUAAAAAUUGA